GGCUUUUGGCUUCAUGACGAGAGUGGCCCUGCAGGCUGAGAAAUUGGACCACCAUCCUGAAUGGUUUAACAUGUACAACAAGGUCCACAUCACCCUGAGCACUCAUGAGUGUGCGGGCCUUUCAGAACGGGACAUAAACCUGGGCAGCUUCAUCGAGUAAGUAGCAGUGUCCAUGACAUAGACCCUGCCCUUCCUCUCUGAGCUCUUCUGGGGAAAGGGAAGGACGGAACUGGGGAUCCAGAGAGGGAACAGGGUAGCCCCGAGUUGUUGGUGCAGUCAGAAUGGCCAAGUCGACCCCACUGCUUCCAUUUC